AUGACUGGCUCUCGCCUCGCGACGCGGGAGGCCAUGGCACCUGCUGCGGCCGGCAAUAAGGAUGUGGCUAUGGCGGGCGGCAAGGCGAGCGGCAUGGCACCUGCUGCCCGGUUGGCGAUCUACAAGGUGUUGUGGACGUAUGAUGGCAGCCGCACCGCCAACACCGAUGACAUCCUGGCAGCCGUAGAUCAAGCGGUGGCGGACGGCGCGGAUGUGAUCUCGCUCUCACUGGGUGGCCUCUAUCCCGAUGCAACGUACUUCGAUGACAUUCCCUAUCUCAAUGCAAACCUCGCGGGCGUGUUUGUGACGUUUGCUGCGGGCAACUCCGGCCCUCCCAACGGCACAACCUUUGACUCGUACAGGACCCUUGCCAACUUCUCGCCUUUCUACCUCACUGUUGGAGCGAGCUCCAUUGAGCGAAAUGGCGUUGUGCUUCCCAAGGCUGUUGAGAAUGUAACAUCCGCCUCCAUCCUGUCUGCAUACCCGCUGGGCGACGCUGCCCCCCGGAUCGGAUACUUCUCCUCCACAGGCCCCGUCUGCCGCCCCUGGACCGAUGCCGUCGGUGCACAGCCCACCAACAGCAUCUUAAAGCCCGAUAUCAUCGGCCCUGGUGUGAAACUGUACGCUGCGGCUCCAGGGAAGACGGUAGGCGAGACUGGAACGUAUUCUCAGAAGUCUGGGACCUCCAUGGCCACGCCUCACCUGGCAGGCAUUGCGGCCCUCAUUCUGCAAAAGUACCCCAAGUGGAGCCCUGCGCAGGUCAUGUCUGCAAUCAUGACAACUGCAGUCACAACCAACACGGAUGACAACAAGAUUAAGAACGACAAUGGUGACUCGGCAACUCCCUGGGAGAUGGGUCAAGGGCAUGUUUACCCCCCUAAGGUGCUUGACCCUGGGCUUACGUACGAUGCCCGUGCAGCCUACUACAUGAACUUUCUCGCGGGGCAGAGCCUUACAAAGGCACAGACGGAGUUCCCCAACGCGAAGCUCGUGCGAAUGCCUCCCCGGAACCUGAACCGUGCGAGCAUAGCUGUGGCCCGGCUGAAAGGGAAUCUCACGGUGACCAGGCGCGUGACGAACGUUGCAGACAAGGAGUCCACCUACAAGGUCAAGAUCAAGUCUCCCAGUGGGGUGUCUGUGAAGGUUUCUCCCAAGAAGUUCAAGAUUGGUGCGGGUCAGAAGGCGUGGUACACGGUGACUCUCAAGGUUGCGAAAACUUCGGAGGAGUUUAAGUAUGGGAGCCUCACGUGGAAGGAUGGAGAUGGUCACUCGGUGAGGUCUGUUCUGGCUAUCCAGCCAGUUGCAUUGUGA